UUUAAAGGAGGUAUCAUAAAUCAUGGCUGCGACAUCUUUAGCAGCACAGCUCAAGAAAUUAACUGUACCGCAGUCAUCUAUUUACAUUGAUAAUGACAAAAGAGUGUCCUUACUGUUUUCCCCUAAAGAAGCGGCUGCUAAGGAUCGGGAUACAUUUUACGAGAUAGGUAUCAGUGGUUUAAAGGAGCUUAUAACGUUAUACGAAGGAUUUAGUGUUUUUGAAGACUCUUUAUUCAGUUUGUCUUCAAAGGAUUUUGAACGUGCUAUGCAAACGAAAGAGGUAAAUCAAAACUUGGAUAAAACACUGGAAAAGUUCCUAAUGCAACUAUCUCCAUAUUUCUUAUUGCAAUCUUCUCACAAAGCCUUGGAAUGGCUUGUGAAUCGUUACCAUAUACACGAGUACAAUCAGGAUGCUAUAAUGGCAUUGAUAUUGCCUUACCACAGCUCAAUGAUAUUUGUAAGGUUCAUUCAGAUCAUGAAUUUUAAGACAGUAUCAAAUAGAUGGAGUUGGAUGGCGUCCAUUAAAAAAAAAGGUGUGCCAUUGGCUAAUCAGACAUGGUACAAUCAGUGUGUUUCAAAUACAGCCACUCUGCAGUUUCUCAUGAAAAGUACAUUGAAAUAUGUAACUGAGUUUGGUGAACGAUCAUCACACCUGAAUACUGUGUUUGCAUUUAUGUGUCAAACAGCAGUUGGUGUUUUGGAAUCAAGUAAAAGUGUAAGCGAAGCAAUUGUGAAUGCUUUGUUGCCCGUCAUCAUGGAGGGCAUUGAAUCUUCUAUUGUUGAUUUUAGAGCAGCAGUACAUAUAGUAUUGGGGUUUAUGUUUACAAAGGUGUCUCUCGCACAAGAUACUUUAAACAAGAUAAUUGACAAGCUGUUGACUACAGAAUUUGACUUGACAUAUGAUGUGACCAUAUUGUUGACGAUGAUGUUCACACAUCAGACUCACAUGACCAUGAUUCCUGAAUCAAUAUUAUCCAACAUAUCAGUUGAAACCAUGAUGAUACUUUGCCGACAUAUUAAAAAUUCCACUGAGAAAAAGCAGAAUAUUUUGCCAUUUGCCCUGGCAUUCCUUUCAAGUGUGAUGAAACUUAUACAAAGUAAUAUGGAAGAAUUCAGGAAGUUCUAUCAAUUGCCAGAAAUAUUUUUGGAUGAAGUGGAUUUGAGGAGUCAACACCCAGAGCAGAUUGUAAGGUGUAUUCUUAAAGCAUAUAAACCAAGAAAAAUGAAAUCUGUAGUUGAAAAUGAAAGUGAUGUUGAAAUUAUAGAAGAAGAUGAUUUACAAAUAAAGAUGCUUGAGUGGUACUCUUCCUUAUUAAAGAACAUUGAAAGAAAGUAUCCAGAAGCAUUUGAUAAAAUUGUAAAAGAAAUCAUGAGUUCAGAAAGCAAAAUUAAUCAGAAAAGGAGAGCACAGUUAUCAAAAGUUCUUACAUUCAAACCUGCUGUUGCACAUAAAAUAGGUAGUGCAUAUCUAUUUGAAAAUCUCAACCAUGUGAAUCCGCAACUACGUGUUGAAGCUGUAAAAUAUAUUAAAAAAGAGUUUGAGUUAUUAAAGAUGGAAAAUGUGGAAUUUGUUAAAGAUUCUAUUGUUAACAGGUUUAAUGAUGACGACCCAGAAGUUGUUGCAACAGUAUUAGAUCUCUCUAAUGACUGUUUAAAAGAUAUAUUGAAUGAAGUAGAUAUUUCAAAUAUUUUUGUAAAUAUUAUGUCGAAGAGUUCUAAGGAAUGGAAACCCAUUAUCAAGAGUACUGUACUUAAGUUUUGUACAUUAGACCUGCUACCUGUUCAACAGGACACAUUACUAGCUGUGUUGCCAUAUCUAUUUCCAGAUGAUGUUGAUUCUGCUGAUAUUACAUGGCAGAUAAUAAAAUCAACUUGGGGUAAAAAAUUGAAACUUAUGAUGAACAUCAAAGAUGUGACUGAACAAUUUAAAGAUAAUUAUGAAGUGCUGAAUCAAGCAGUAUUUAAAGCGCUAUUUAUAGAUAGAUCUGUGCAUUUUGAUAAUAUCCUUGAUUAUAAUCAGCUAAAUGUAAGAAAUACUUUAGAUGUUUAUAUGUAUCUACUGUUAAAAACUUGUUCACUGGAUAACACAACAGCAGAUGAAAUGAUAACAAUGUUAAAUUUGCUUUUAGAAACAGUUGAAAAUAGAACAAUUAUUUCUAGUACAGAAGACCAAGUAUUUUCAAGCAGAAUUACAAAUGAAUUUAUCAAACACUGUAGACAGGAUGAAAUAAUUUUUCAAGUAAUAGAGUAUAUCUUUUCAAGAUUCAUUAAACAUAUUGAUGUUAAAAAUAUAACAAAGCCAUGGUGCAAUAUGUGUGAUAAACCAUCUACCAUUCUCAUUAGGAGAUUAUAUGAGAUUUGUAUUACAGGUUGUGGCAUACAAAGUUAUGAGCAAAAUUAUGUUACUCUUUUGAAAGAACUGUUAUCAAAAAUUUGCAAUACUACCAGAGAAAAAUUUGAGUUUGUAGCUAAUUUCGCAUGUGGACAUAUUUUAUAUGCUACUGAUCCCAAAGAUGUGAUUGGUCCUGAACUUCAAAUAAGAAGCAUUAAACUAUUACACAAUUUUGUUGCUGCUCAAGAAAAUAUGGAUUGGAUUUAUGACUCUGAUGUAGUCACACUAUUGAUUCUUUUUAAUUUAAAUAACCCACUUGCAGCCAUUCGGAACUGCACUGUUGAUUUGAUGAAAAUUCUUCUUAGAGAUGAUCCUGACCAAAGUCUAGUUUAUGUCAAGUUAUUGAUUGAGCUCAUGAUGCACAAAGAAGAGACUAUACUAGACCAUGAGCAGAUAUGUGAAGUUCUUAAAACGGCAUUAUCUAAACAAAACCCAGUUAGUAGAAUAUUUAAAAAAAACUGCUUGAUUAAAUUUACAAACAUUUUGACUAUAGAUACUCCAGCACACAUAAAGUCUAAUUUAAUUAAAAUACUCAACAAUAUCAAUGAUGCAAGUACCUUCCCUUACAUUGUUCAAUCCUUAAAGACAUUGGAAAGUGUAUUAUCAAGUGAACAAAUGAAUACAAAACUAAGAUUGAAUAUUUAUGAAUCCAAUUUGGUUAAGAAUGUUUACAGCCAUAUAAAUGAAUUUACAGUUUCAACAUUUAAUAAGAAACAUGUGUGGGAUGCUAUUGAGCUUGGUUUAAAAGAAUAUAGGGAAUGUAUCCUGCUUGAAGAUCAAAUGUUCACUAGCCCAUGUGUCAUUAUCAUGAAACAAAUAGAUGAGACUGUUUUCAAGAAAAUUCCUGGUGAGAGUUUACCGGGAAUGAUUUAUUUGAUCACUGCAGCUGGUACAUUUAGUAAAAAUCCCACGAUCGCAAGUAUUGCUUCAAAAGCUAUGAAGAAAGUGCAUUUACAAUUUGACGACUUUAAGCCCAUUUUGGAGGCAAUGUUAAAUGUUGAAGACCCAGCAGAUAAAAUGGCAAAGAAGAAGAAAUCUUCAGUAUCUAUGCUUUCUUAUCAAUUAACAGAGACAGAUGAAUGGCGAUUGGGAGUCACCUUCUUAGAAUAUGUGCAGAGUAAGAAAAAAAUGACAGUUGACAAUUCAUUUGUUAACAUUCUCUUCCAAAUUCUAAACAAAUGUUUGAGGUUCGAAGAACAAUCUUAUGUUGAAUAUACAAAACAGCUGAUUCUUUCUUCACUCUGGUAUUACUGUACCAGAUUUGUCAAUGACAAAGACAAAACUGAAAUGACGUCUCUUAAGUCCAUUUUUAAAGUGGAAUUAAUAGUGAUGUGCAUUAGAGGGACUCAAAAUCCGCAAACUCACCAUCAUGCGUUGAUUCUUUUGUCUCAUGCUGCCUACAUAUUACCAGAACAAGUGCUACAUCAUACUAUGGAAAUAUUUACAUUUAUGGGCUCAUCAGUACUCAGACACGAUGAUGCAUACAGUUUCCAAAUAAUUGUUAAAAUUAUUGAAAAUUUAAUUCCCAUUUUAGUGAAGUUAGAUAGAAAUAUUGAAGAAUAUACAGAGAAGGAACUUCAACAAUUGCAAAAGCGGAUUGUGCCAGUAUUGCGUAUAUUCGCAGAUGUUGUAUUACAUGUGCCAGAGCAUAGACGGUUGCCUAUGUAUACAAAGCUAUUGGAAACAUUGGGUGCCAGUAAUUUCCUGUGGGUAUUCCUGGCUUUAUUAUUGGAGACUCAUAUUGCACAUUUUAACGAAGAAAAAAAGAUAGACCGAAAUCAGAAUAGAUCACUGGCUAAACAAGAGGCGCCUGCAAAUAGACUCGACUUUGGUCAAAGCAUUUUAUUAGAAUUUUCUCCAGAGAUUUGUUUUGAAAAUUUCUUGAAACUUAUAGUAUAUCUUAAGUCUUUACCAUUGCAGAAAGAUGAAAAUUCAAUGGACACAGAUGUAGAUCCAACAGACAUAUUUAGUGUGAAUGGCCACACUCCAAUCCAACUUCGUCAAUAUAAAUACGUAAUAAUAACAUUUAUGAAUAACUGUUUGUCAUACCCAAGAUUUAUUGACCAUUGUGGAGCAGCGCAGUCAGACAAAACCAUGGAGGAUCACUAUAAAGGGUUUAUAGUUAAUGUACUUACUUUUAUUCAAAGCAUUUCUGAUCUUGGUGAUGAGAAAACGGCAAAAUAUUGGCGGGUGAUGCUGCAUCAUAGCUAUGACCUCUUAGACCACACUAAUAGUCUGCUUUCUCCUACUAUGUUCCUAUCUGUUACAAGAGGAUUACUAAAGCACGUAUUACAAGCUGUAAGAAGAAAAUCCAUGGAACUACUUAAUUCUAAAAUUCAACUUAACUCUGAAAUGUUCCAAAAUGUUAAUAAAGAGUUGCUGUAUUCUUUGUUGCCUGCACUAUUGGAGAUAGUUAGGACUAUAGAAUCCAAGGAUGAAACUCUAAAUGAAGUUGCUGCACAAGAGUUAGAGGUCAAUCAACAAACAGCCUUGUUAUCAUUGAAACUUCUUACAAGAUUGCUAGCAUCAGAAAAUCCAGAUCCAUUCGAACCCGUUUUGAAGACAGUCACUGAGUAUAUUUGUAAUCCCACCAUAUCAGGAAAUGUAAUGGCAUCUAUUGUUUUAUGCUUGGCAGAACUUUGCAGUAAUCUAAAAGCUCAUGCUUUAGUUGGUCUCUGUAAAUUUAUGCCUGCUCUUCUUAAAGUACUAAAGAAGCAACGUAAAGCUGACACCCCAGAAUUAAUUCUCCUAAGUACAAUAACGGCAAUAACAAAAAUAAUAGAGAGUUUGCCGCUCUUUCUUAGUCCGUACUUGCAGAAGAUUUUAUAUGAAUACUCUAUUUUGUCGGCGAAGUGGCAUACCCAUGAUCAAGAGUGUAGUAAAGUGUCAGCUAUUGUAACUAAGUUGGCAAUUAUUAAAAAGAAGAUUGCUGCUGCUAUUCCUCCAAGAGUCUUGAUACCAGUUACGAAUGAGACUCAUCAAUUGCUUCUGGAGAAAGAGAAUUAUGAUGCAAUUGGACCUGUGAUGUCCGUAUUGGCAGAGAGCUUUUCUAAUGUAACGACGGCUGAUUUUACAGCAUUACAACAGGAUUUGACCGCAUUUUUCUUGUCAGCACUGCAGUUACGAAGUGAUGCGGUUGGAAAAGAGAUUGAUGAUGCCGUUAUAAAUCGCGCGGAAGAUGAGGUGAUAAAUGCUUUAGUUCGAUUGGUACUCAAGUUAUCUGAAACAAGCUUCAGACCCUUCUAUUUUAAGAUUUAUGACUGGGCUAUAAGGUCUAAUGUUGAAGGAUAUAAAGAUCGUGUUAUAACUUUUUAUCGAUUGAGUGCAGCCAUCGCUAACCAACUGAAGGGUCUAUUCGUACUAUUCGCCGGCCACUUCAUUAAAAAUGCCGCCCAAUUGCUCGAUGCCUGCAACAAUAGUAAAACAGAAGAUUUGUACUUCGAUUCUGAAGAGAAAUGCGCUGUUCUCGUCACUUGUAUAGUGAAGACUUUACAAAUGGUCUUCUUGUACGACAGCCAGAACUUCCUCAACAAAGAAAGAUUUGAGACCCUAAUGCAACCAGUUGUGGAUCAACUCGAGAAUAAUAUUUGUGGUAUUUCAAAACUUAAGCUGAGAGCGGGAGAGUGCUUAAUCCCUUGUAUAGCCCAGUUUGCUGUUGCGACAGCGGAUGAUUCCCUUUGGAAGCUAUUGAAUUAUCAGGUUCUAUUGAAAACGAGACACAACGAUGCUGAGAUAAGAUUAGUCGCUUUGGACUGUCUCGUCGCCAUGGCAACGCAGUUGGGUAGCAGUUGGCUGCCACUCCUAGCCGAGAGCGUACCAUUCCUGGCAGAACUUCUAGAAGAUGGUGAUUCGAGAAUAGAAUCCUCAACAAAGGACGCAAUUCGCAAACUGGAACAAAUACUCGGGGAGCCGCUGGAAAAAUAUUUUUAAAACGUUUCUAUAUUAUUAACUUUUAACAUUGUUUGUUAAAAUAUAUUUUUUAUAUA